UAAAUCCGCCGCGCGCCGCGCCCCCCCAACUACUUACGCAAAUCCCUCGGCCGAACCCUUUAUUAAGUCACCUUGUACUACUGUUUCCUAUGGUUGACACGACAUCCCUCGCGACAGGCGUCCUCUUGGCUUCGGCUUCCGCACUCCUCCUUGCAGCCAUGUUGUAUCCCUCGACCAUGUUGCGCUGGUUCCAGCGCAAGCGAUACCAAUAUGAAGUCACUUUCUCCCUAUACAUGUUGACAUCGACCGAGAAGUUCAUCUUCAACUCUGUGCUGUUCCUCCUACUCUCUCUUCUCAUAAUCGCCGCUUCGCUAUACCUCCCCGAACAUCUCUCCAUCAUCGCAAAUCGUAUCCUCUACUAUGUAUCUGGCAACCAACAAUCGCUUGCCAAUGACGCACAUAAAAUGAGUGUAUCACCCAAUGCUGCCCUAGGAGGCGAUUUCCCCGCGGGUGGAAGGGCCUACAUGGAGCCAUAGAACGACGGAGUACAUGUCCGCACGAAUGAGAGCAGUUACACUUGUUGGGAAUUAGAGGGGUUAUGGCGUUUACCAAUGCAACUUUUGGAGAUGUAUGACAGUGUGUUUUUGAGGAGUGUAAUGCGCAGCGAUAUGCGUGUUUGGAACAAAGUAUCAAGGCAGACGCGAACCAUUUAUCCUGCUGC